GCUCACGUGUGAUAAACACAAAUUCGAAGGAACAAAGGACUGAAGGGCCGUAACAGGAUGUUGGAGGUGUCGGGAUAAUUUUUGUUUGAAAUUUAUUGCGAAAAGAAAAACUGCGCAAAGCACGUAACGACGUCGUUAACGUUCACAGAACAGGCCCGUAAAUGCGAGAUAAAAACUAUACGCCACGUAACAUAGUCCGAUAACUAAAUAUGGUUAUCGCGCGUGUAAAUGCCAUUGACGCAGGGGAUGUGAUGUUAACAUACGUCAAGAUUGCUACAUGUACACGUAUAUACGUAAGACGCACUCGACGCCGGCGCUGCGUUCGAUGUAAACCGCUUUGGCGUUUGCUCCCAGGUGGGAUUCAACGUGGACUUGAAAAAAAAAUCGGCCCUCUCGCCCCGUCUCCUCCCGCACGAGAGAUGAGCGCGGUCGUCGAGAAAACGUGAGCAUUGGCUGUGCGGGGCUUCUCAUUCAUCGCGUCGGGCCGUCGCGCACGUCCGUCCUCGAUCAUCGACUAUUCUUGACCGAAUCUCUCCCGGUGCGCUGCUUCACCGGCGCGUGAUGCAGCGAGUGUUAUGUAACAAUCAACCGGCCAGUCACUUCGACGCGGCUACGUGAAGUGCGAGGUGUUACUUAAGAGUCACUUUUCUUUCCGCGAUCGACGCUUGCGUUGGGGCUCACGUUCUCCCAAUGAGAGAUUAAAGAGGAUUCCUGUAGCGCCGGGCUCCGAUUCAAACUGGAAUCGAAUGAAAGCGCCCGAGCCUCUCGGAACUCGGUUUGAUAAGUCUGAGGACGGGCGGACGCGCGAUGGUCUUCCCUUUCUUAUUAAUAGACUGUCCAAAGUUUCGAAAGUCGACGAAAAGUGACUCUCUAAGCCUGGGACACCCUGUAUAGUGCGUUUAAUGCCCGAUAACUUCCGGGGGCGCGAGUGAUAUGGUGAAUCAAAAGGAAUUCGUAUUUCAGUUUGUAAAAUUGAUAAUCGAAAUCAACUUACUAAACAAGCCUAACAGCACGUAGAGAUUUUGAGAAUAUUUGGGGGAUAUCGCAAAGUAUAAGAUACACACAGGCAUUGCUCCAAUAUUAGGAUAUCCUUAGUAAAUUCUUUUCGAAUGUCGUUAGGGAUAUGAAUCGAUGAAGAGUAAUCGAUAGCGACUCGCUCCGUGGAAAUAUUCUCACUACGAACUAAUCAACUUUUCGUUAAAAAGAACUCGAGUAACACAGAUGAUUAUAAGCUCAAAAGCAUUCACUUUUUAUAAAUUCCUGGCGUAAUGCGCUCAAAAUGAACUCACAGGAAUUCCUUUCCGGCACUUGACAAAAGAUUUCCUAGAAAUAUACCUUCUGACUUUUUAUAAUAAAGUAGAAAGAAGUUGAUUGAACCUUUUUUCUGAAUACAAAGAAAUCCUUUCGUAUUCGGAGAAGAACUCAGAAUUGACGACAUAGUAGCGAAUUAGUUUUAAACUCUUAAGAAUGCUUUUAAAAUAGGUUGCUAAGAGAAUUUUAUUUUAUAAUUCGGAUAUUCGAAAAGAACUCCUUUUGGAAUCUCCGUGCUGUUUGAGAAUAUAUUAAGAAUUUCUCAACUUGAAGAUUCUUAUUUAAUACGUUCUCCAUAUAUGAAAUAUAUUAAACAAUAAAAUUUUUAAGACUCUGACGUGAAAUCACAAUUCGAAGGAAUAGAGGAUAUAAGAGUGAAGGAUGGAAGACGGGGAAAUAUAUUAAAUGCCAGGCGUGGAGUUCGCUAUCGGCGCCUUGGCGGCGGUAGGCGCCGGCUUCUUCACCAAUCCCGUGGACGUGGUGAAGGUGCGGCUGCAGUUGCAGGGUGAACUGGAGGCGCGGGGCUCGUACACGAAGAUCUACAAGAACACCCUGCACGCCGCGUACCUCAUAGGCAAGCACGAGGGCGUGCUGGCCCUGCAGGCCGGACUGGUGCCCGCCCUCGCCUUCCAGGUGGUGCUCAACGGCAUUCGCCUGGGCGCGUACAAGUCCGCCCAGAGAUACGAGCUGAUCGUCGACAAGUACGGCAACACCGAUGUCCUGCGGACCGCUCUGGUGUCCGGCACGGCCGGCUGCGUCGGCGCCGUCCUCGGCAGUCCGUUGUACCUGGUAAAGACGCAGCUGCAGGCGCAAUCCGCGAAAUCCAUCGCCGUGGGCUACCAGCACAAUCACGCGGGAUCGUGGGGCGCCUUCAAGUCGUUGUGGAUGGAGGGUGGCGUCACGGCUCUAUAUCGAGGCUGGAACGCCAACAGUCCGCGCGUAUUCGUUGGCUCGGCGACGCAGCUGACCACCUUCGGACUAGCGUCGGACUGGCUGCGCUCAUUAAAUAUAUUUCCAGAUCGCCCGAUACUGCAGACCUUCCUGGCCUCCGUGAUCGGAGGUAGCUGCGUAGCCGUCACUAUGCAGCCGUUCGACGUCCUGGCCACGCGGCUGUACAAUCAACGGACCGACGCGACCGGGAAAGGUGCCAUGUACAAGGGACUCAUGGACGGGCUGAUCAAGAUAUCCCGCACCGAAGGUCUGACCGGCCUGUACAAAGGGACGUUCCCAACGUGGAUGAGGAUAGCGCCGCAUACGGUUCUGUGCUUGGUGUUUUACGAGCAGCUAGAUCUACUAUACAGAAAUUUUAGAACACAAGCCGAUUGACGCUAGUUGCAAUUAUAUUAAUAUUUACUCUAGGUAUAUGUGUAUGCGCAGCGAAAAUUUUGUAAGAUUUUUUUUCAAGAACGUUGAACAUUAAGUAUUGCAAUUCUAUUCGGAAUAAAUUGAUACGUAAGAUACGUUAAUACGU